GCAGGCACUGGAGAUUCAUGUGUGUGUGAGGCAGUUAGCAAGCCUCUUUUCUUAUUCAGUGGUCACUGAGAAGCGUGGGGGAGGGAAAACGGUGAGAGAAGGGGUAGUGAGGAAAAAAAAAACCAACAUAAAGUACAGUCGUACACAAAAUUACCAAGCAGUAGUCAGGAACUCGAGGAAUUAAUCGUGAAGUGCGUGCAAGUCGUGGAUGUGGAAAUCUCAUAUGAAUUCAUUCAUUACUGGGAUUCGCCGCAGCUGAAAGCCACACAUCGUAUCACUGAGUUGUUGUUUCCACAACAGUGCUGGCAGCCUGCUUGGAAGAAAAGGUACUGGAGGGUGUAGCAGUGAGGAAUUGAGGGAGGUGAUGGGUUCCAGGCCCGCUCUGUGGUUUGAGACCUGCUUUGGGCCUCAUUGUACAAUCAGCGGAUAGCUGUCUCCAUUCCCACCGCUGAGGUAAUCAGUUAUCAUUUAGCACUCAUUCGUGCCGAGUGCUAAUUGGAUUUCAAGGAGGGUCAUUGCUUCAGUGCAUCUGCUCAGCUGAGUAACCACCCGUGGGUGUGUUCUGCAGUGAUGUCAGCAAAACCCUGGGGACGUCCUUCUCUAAAAUGUAGUGUUGUGUGCCCCGUGUGAACGUGAACGCAGAACUGCACACUACACUGGUCACAGCAGCCAGAAGAGAGAAGCAAAGCGAAACAGGGCAGAGUGACGGAGAAGACUGGGGGAGAUAAGUUGUUAAUUAAUGACCAGGGCUCUGUGAGAUUUCUCCUCUGAGGCUGCCCGCUGGUUAAUGUGUUCUUGCUUCCUUCGUGCUAGUCUGUAAAAAAAAAAAGGAAUACAAAAACUAGUGCUGAAUUAAACUUACAAGGGUUAAAAGCCUGAACCCACUACAGCUUUGGACUUGUGCAGUUAGAUCCUGCCUGGAUAAGCACCAUGUGUCAUGUGAUUGUAACUUGUCGCUCCAUGCUGUGGACUCUGCUGAGCAUUGUGGUGGCCUUUGCAGAGCUCAUUGCCUUCAUGAGCGCAGACUGGCUUGUUGGACACCCCAGAAACUUGGAGACUAAGCCCCACAAUACUGCAGAGCCCUACCGUCCUACCCUGGGCAUCUACGGGCGCUGCGUCAAAGUGGUGAACUUCAAGAGGGAGAUGCUGUGUGGCCCGUACGCUGAUCACUUCGGAGAGAUUGCCAGCGGGUUCUGGCAAGCCACUGCGAUUUUCUUGGCAGCGGGGAUCCUGCUGCUUUGUGCUGUGGCUUUCAUUUCUGUUUUUACCAUGUGCUUUCAGAGCAUCAUGAAGAAAAGCAUUUUCAAUGUCUGUGGAUUACUACAGGGAAUUGCAGGUCUCUUCCUGAUUCUAGGCCUGAUGCUGUACCCAGCUGGCUGGGGGUCCGACAAGGUGCUGAACUACUGCGGGACAGAGGCCUCCCCCUACAAGGUGGGACAAUGCUCCCUGGGCUGGGCCUUUUACACAGCCAUAGGUGGCACCGUGCUGACCUUCAUCUGCGCAGUGUUCUCCGCUCAGGCCGAAAUCGCCACCUCCAGUGACAAAGUGCAGGAGGAGAUUGAAGAAGGCAAGAACCUCAUCUGCUUGCUGUAAAACCCCUGGAGGAAACUGGCCUUCUUCCUACCGCUGUUGAGAAUGCAGGCCUUAGUGGCCUCCUUUCUCUAUAAAAGGGAUCAAGACAUUGUUUACCACUAGGACUAACAUCCUAACUUUUUGUUUGUCUUUUUCUUUGUUGUCCUUUUGUUUGCAUCCUGUGUCAUGCUUCUGCAUUAUUUUUUUAACACCAUCCAAAACGGUGGUGUUCAGUUUAUGGUGCCAAUGUAAGCUAUCAUGACAUGGAAUGAAUUGUAAAUAAUUGUAUAUAAUGUACAGAUCUUAUUACUUUAAAGACUUUUGGUUUAUUUUACGAUUGAUUGUUUUCGGUCCCUACAAACCAGCUUAUCUGUGCAAAUUAAACAAAAAACGGUGAAUGCCUUUCUUUCCAGAACAUUUGCCUUGCUGAAAUCGUGGUAUAAGGAAACCACUACUAAAACUAUAAGCCUCAUUAUAUCCAAAGUGCCCAUCAUUCAGCUACACUGUGUUUAACGUUCCCUGCAAUGUUACAGAAGGAAAAUAAGAAAAAGAUGUUUCUUUAUUCUGUGAUGGGAAUAUGCCUUUGAUGCCUUGCAGUGGUUCCAGUUUAUAAGUUGUGAAAGAAUCUGUAAGUUACUAAAUAUUUGCGUUUUCCAGUGUGCAAGAAACUGCCUUUUGACCCCAAAGCCAUGAAAGCUAGAUCUGAGAAAUGAGCUGUGGUAUAAAUGGACAAUUUCCCUUCAUGCCAUUCCUUGGCCUGCAGUUUGCUCACGCUUGUAGUUUUAUGAAUAUAAAAAGGCUUUGCUCACGUUCCAAAUCAUGUGAAAAUGUACUGUUUUGGGGAGAACUAUAUGUCUAAGGCAUAAAGGACAAUAGGGGGCAGUAGUGCCAAUUACUACUUUGCAGUGCCUCUGUCCUCAUAUUGUUAAAGGAUUGAAUAUCUUUUCCACAUGUCAUUGCUGCCAAAUUAUGAAGAAACAAAGAAAAUCUUUUGUGCCUAUUAUAAACCCCCCCAGUUGUUGGACACCUUCUCACCGGCUGCAGAAGUUGUUCCAGUGGAGUUUCCGUGAAGAGAUGGUGCCAGGCUCAAGCUCCCCUUACACAGAACUGAUUUUCCAUCGUUAACCACAGGCAGCGACCAGAGAUUUUAGUGCCGUCAGUUUCGAGAAGAUCACUUGCCAAGAACAAUCAUGUUUUCCCAGAGAAAACACCUCUUUCCUGUAGCAUUGUCUCGCGUCCAUCAGGCCAAGCUCCUGUGUUAUCAAUGAGUGGUUUAUCAGUCUGUAUGUAACACUUUUUUCCUGCUUUGCAUAAGCUAAAAUUAUGGAAUGUGGGGGUGGGAGUAUCAUGGGCUGUGCUCAGUGUCUAGGCUGACUUUUGUCAGGGGAAAGGGAGAUUGGUGAAAUAUAUCAUGGCCAUGUCUGCUUUUAAUGUUUUGGUGAAAAAAAAACAGCUCUCAGCAUUUUUUUCAUGUCAAUGUGGGAAAACAAUUAUAUAAAACUUGCUCUCUGUGCACCAUGUCCUGGGGGCAAUAUUAUAGAGGCAUGCAAGCCAGCGAGUUUCCAUUCUAUAGCAACAGCAGACUUGUGAAUCUGUCUUAUUUUUCAGGUUGCUCACAAUUUCUGCCAGAUCAGACUGUCCGUCUUACUUUAUAUGAGUGAGGAAACUUCACGUAGCUCACUUCACCUUUCAAAAGCAAUCAGUCACAUCCAGAGUGUGAGCCAGAGCACUGCCAAAUUGCUUGUAUGGCUUGCUGUACCAGGACUUAGUAGAUCUGGCCCAUACUGUCUGUACUUGUUCCAGAAAACCAAGCAAUUAGUUCCAGACAAAUGAAACUGUUCUGUUUAGGUUACAGUUUUUUUGGCGUUUUUUUUUCUCUCACUUAAUGUAUUUGGAUAAAGUAAGUUGUUUGCACUUUAGUUUACUGGACAAGAAUAGCCCAGUUUUUUACAUAUUGUCAACACUCUUUGACAUAAACUGUUGAGCCAUUGUAGGGACCUGCUUUGCAUAGCAGUUUGAUCCAUUCCAGGUUUUGCAAGCUGUAGGCCCUUGUACAUAUUGUACUGAUUAAGAAGCAAAAAACAAUGUAUUUUUAAAAUAUUUUAACUCCACAACUAUGCAAUUUUAAUAUAAAGUAACAGGGAAACAGUAUUCAGGAUCCAAUACUGGCUGGAGUUUAGAAGCACCAUGACAACCUGGAAAGGCUCAAACAGCUAUGCACUGUGAGUGCUACAUCCAACUUUGCAUUGCAUGGGAAAGCUUCUGUGAAAUGAAUUUGUGAUGUUUUUAAAUAUUAUUUAUUACAAGCAAAAAGUCCAAGCUUUUAGAGAUUAGUUUUUGUGACUUUUGGUAAAUAAGUUCCGCAUUUCCUACCAAACUACCAUUUUGGCCCUUCCAUCUGACGUAUUACUGACUGUUUUAGAAUGGAUGAGCUAGGAGAUGUUCUGCAUACUAUACUGAACAGUAUUUAAACCAUGGCAAAUGCUCUAGGCAAGAAAUUAAACACUUCAACGUGCCUCACAACUUCAAGCAUGAUGUCUAUGAGACAGGCACAGCUUUAACACUAAAAACAACUGGUGUUCUUCUUUCUGGGUUCUCUCUCCUAUUUGCUGAGGGGUGACUGUGAUUAAACUAGAAUAAAAGAAUGGAGGGAUACUGAAAGUAGUAGAGAAGUGACUUACUUUGACGUUGAGGUCAAUUGGUUCUGACUCCUGCCUUAGAGAGGCCCAAACAGACAGGGGAAGAAACAGGCACAGGGAGUGAAAAAUAGGCAGGGAAAAGACCAGCCAAAUGACCACAUCAACGAAGUGCCUCAGUCCAUCAGUGCAGUCCGCCUCUUUCUUGUAAAAGUAUUUCUGUUUUUUGUUUUUCUGUUCCGAGUAACACUUGUAAUGAAAAUCAUUGAUCUGACCUGUGGUGGCAAACUGUUUCAGACUCUUCAUUCGGAAUUGUGCCAAAGCAACAACAACAAACUGUGAAUAUGGAGUACAAAAUCUAUUACCAAAACCGCCCCCUGCAGGGGCAAUGCUGACUUACUGUCUGGAAGAACUUGAAAUCAUGUACUUUAAAUACUUUUAGAAACAAUAUUUGGUAUUCAUUAAAAAGAAGAAAUGGUUAGUAGUUCAUUUUGGCUCAUUCACCAGUUGUGCCACAACACAAAGGUCCUUCUUUUAGCUUGCUCAAAUGUUAGGGUCAUUUGUGUCUCAAAGCAAUAAAAAAUCUAGCUUAAUUGUAGGAUGCUAUAAUUCUGAGUUCUGUUAGUCUUAAGCCUACUAAAAUUAAAUGGCAAGUAAUGCCAACGUAUAUGUGGGUGAAGUAUUCUGCUUUUUAGUUUAUUUGGAAAUAGCUGCAGUAACCAGUAGCUUUGAUCUUCGACGGAAGAUCUAGAAUUAAAAAUAUUUAGGCUCUGUAUGAAAACUACCAAAUGAAAUAUAUGCAUUUCUUUACAGAUAUGUGUAUUAAGCAGAUCACUUUUAGAAAAGAAAUUCAAAUGACUCAUGAAGGUGUGUAUCAUAAUGUUAAAGACAGUCCUUAUUAUUCUGAAUGCACGUGCUUCCUUUCAAUGUCUUGCUGUGAUGAGGCCCUAGUGAACCUGUGUUGUAAUGCAAAGCUUUUUCAGAAGCACAUUAGUUCAAAUCAGGCUUUCCAAUGUGUUCAUUGUCUGUGGUUGAAUGUUUUUGUUCGAUUUUGUGUAAUGCAAGGUGCCAUAAUCUUUGUUGUAAUGUAACAGUUUUAAUAAUAUGUGUGUGAUCAGAGAUAUGUGCAAUAUCCUAUCUUAGUGCUUUCAGUUAAAGUGUGAGGAAGAAGGUCCUCGUGGAAGUUGUUUUGUUUUGAUACCAAGGGUUAAAAUGGAAGAUGUCUGGGCAAGAGGCGUGUUACAAAUUGAAACCUUAUUUGGUUUCAGGAAAAAACAACAUGCUAGGCCACACCAGCAAAGGUCCAGGAAAUGACAUCAUUUAAACUCAUUAUGGGUUUGAGGUCCCUGCCUUUCUUGUAUUACAAAUCAUAGUAGUCCCUUUAAACCAAGCAUUCUACUGGGUAGGUUUUUCUCUGCCUGUUCUUGAUACAGUAUAUAGAUAUAGUACAUUCAUUAGUAGGUCAGUCUGUUUUUUUGUUAUAUUAACAAAAGUUAACAAAAGGAAUGUGUUGAAGAUUUCAAGGGCAGAAGAGAGGUUUCAUUUGAAAAUUUCUCACAAUUAAGCAGUUAAAGAAACCCAUACUUGCUGCAUCCUGGGUUAAAAGAAGUUUGGCUUGACCUUGGCAACAAAAGCAGUUUUCACUGAGCCAAGACCAAGAGCCACUUGAUACACUUGAAAAAAGAAAAGACUGAAACAAGAGCAGACAGGCUUUUUUUUGAAGGGUUAAGGUAAUGGUGAUAAAUAAGCAUUCCAGCAAUGCCAGCUGCCUUUCAACUCUAGUUAGAAAACUGUUCCUUGUAUUACUGUGUGUAGCUGAGCUCCAGACAUUGUCAGUCAUGCCAUUCGGUGCCCUACAAUACCGUGUUUACUAUCCAGGAUAGUUUAAUGCUCCUUGCAGUGGAUCUUAAAGGUGAUUUACAAAGAUUAACUUGAUGUUUUAACUAGCAGAGGACACCCAAACUAACAGGUCUUUUUUCCACUCAACCCCCUCCAUAGAAUAAACUGCUGAUUCAGAAGACUGGGAACAGUUGUAAGUUAUUGACCAUUUAAGCAAAUAAUUUGUUUAGUUAUGGAAACUCGAAGUUUAAUACAUAUUCAAAUGUAUGUAUCAGCUUGACUUAGAAAUUGCUCAUUUAUCAAAUUAUAUGUUUAAGUGAUCUCAGAUUAUUCUGUCUUUAGAAAUUGAUUAUUUGAUACCUAUAAUUGGAUGAUUUGUGGCCCUGGAUGUGCAGUCUUUUACAUUCCCUGGUUAACCAAUUUUGCUUUCAGCAAAAAUCUGCAUCUCCUUGCUGCUCUCUUUAUAUAUUAUCCCUUCCUUUUCCAUUAUGUCCUUUAUCUCCAGGAAGAUGGUCAGAGCUAAAAACAAAGACUUACUCAAGCAGGCUUCUGUUAUAUGUUCUGUUUCUGUACAAUGCUGACACUACUCAAAUAUUGAUUUACUAAUCAGUUGAUCUGAAAUCUUUUUUUUCUAGGAAGUUUUUUUUUGGUUAUUGGAAAUAACCAUUCUUUGUGUUCAAUUGAAUAAUAUUUCAGUUGUCAGCUUUUUUUUUUUGUCAAGGGAAUUCGGCAGCAAUGUACAGAUGCAUGCAACAUUUCCAUAAUGCUAAAAAUGACUUCCGCUCAUUUGAAAGAAAUAAAUAUGGUCUUGUUUUAAAAAAUGUGUUCUUCGCAUCAUUUUGUUUCCAAUUCAAAUGAAGUAACAUGUUGAGAAUUAUGGUUAGUGUAUUGCUAGGAUGGGUUACAGGCUCAUGCUUUUAUUUAGGCUAGAACUGACAAUUGGUGAGGAUGAAGAUUUUCUACAUCUGAAAUCAACAUUUUUCGGGCCCUUUAGAGUAAAAAGGUUUUUAACUUUAAGCAGGCCCCUCUGGUCUGUCUGGGAAGGAUAAUGUGCUCGAGUAAUGUUUCAUCAGCUGGCAAAUUUUACUAAUUUGUACUCUGUGUGGUAAAUAACUUCAGCUCAAUUGUUUCUUUUAGUCAUAACUACAGCACAUUCAUUAAAUGUCCACUGUUUUUUAUUCUGAAGCCACAUUUUGACCACAGUAAUAGGACCAUAUUACUCAAAUUUAAUGUAUCCAUCCUUUUUAUUUUUCAGUAUCUGUCCAUUAAGCUUUUCAUAUUCUCAACUGUUUUAGAAGAAUAGCAUUUUGGGAUCUAUUAAGUGGUGAAGGUACUAGAGUUUUUUAACAUUACGAUUAAGCUAUGUGUGACUCUUAUUAUUAUUAGAUAACUUAAAUCUCCUCAACAUCAGAUGUAGCACUCAGUGGCAAUUGGCAUUGUUACGUGGUAACAACAGAGAAAAGAAAAAGCAUAAUGGAACUUGCAGUGAACACGAAGUAACAAUAACAUUUGCAUUUUCAAUCUUUAUGACAACAGACCAUUUAUUUUAACCAUAGUGGAAAAUCUCUGGCAAGAAAUGUUCAUAGUAAUUAUUAGGAAAUGUAUUUGGUGGUUGAAACUAGAGAUUGAGAACUUCAAGUAUUUAAAUGUGAAAUGUGCUGAUAACUAAAACUGUCAAAUAUAAAUAUCUUUCUUUCAGGCAAAGACCACACAGUAUAAAUAUAAUGCAGUUUGCAAAGAUCCACAUAUUUUUCUUGUGCAAGUUCUUACAUAAAAUGUUAGAUACUGAAGGGAGGUAGAUUAACGAAAAAAAUGAAUGUGGAAACAUUUAGGGUAUAAUGGUGGCACUGCUUCCUCAGAACUGAGGGGUCCUGGGUUUGAUUUUGGAGUGAGGUGCCUCUGUGUGGAGUUAACAUGUUCUCCCUGUAUGCUCUGGCUUUCUCCCAUAAUGGUACUUGACAUCACUACAUGUCACUGUGUGCUUGUAUGCGUGCCCUGCAAUGUGUACAUCCUGUUGAGAAUCUUGUCCUGUUUUCUGCUCAGUGCUUGUUAAUGAAAAGACUCUGGGUUGCUGCAGCCCUUGCCAGGGGUUAUAACCCCUUUCUGAUGAUUGAUUAACAGAUGUAGAUCUUGAGCUAGGUGUUAAAAAAAGAUAAGGGCAGUUAAAGCUAAAAUUCGUUCAACUGAAAACCCACCAAGAAUCCUACUGCUGCUUAAAUAAGUCUUCCAAUAUGUUUCCGAAUAGCUGUUAUGCUCACAAAACAUUCCACUGUGGAAAGCCAAUGAGACAGCCACAUGAACAAAUGUACAAUUCUCAGAAUAAAAGGCUUUUUUGAUUCAAUCGGUGUGCUGCUUUCCAAGACUGAGAGUGCUCCUAAGCAAAACGUUUCCUCACAGGCUAAAAGGAAUUGCUAACAUAAAGACU